AUGGAGUUCACGUACGUGAACACAGUUCACGUAGAAAUGGUGCGCACAAUGUUUACUGAUAGAGAGGGUCGUAUUGUACUCGACCAAGGGACUGAUAGAGAGGGUCGUGUUAGACCAACCGCUUAUGCACGGGCUCACCGUGCUCAGCGUGAAUUGCGUGGACAACGAAGAUUACGGAAUCAAAAAGUAGAACAUGCGCAACCAGAACAGGGGCAAGCAGAAGAGGCCCAAGCGGAUGAGGCCCAACCUGAAGCAGAUGACGGAUAUCCUGGUGGUCCGGUUGACAGGUCAGUCCUAAGGACAUACGGGGAUCAUGAUUGCGGAGAGUUAAGGGUUUUUAGCAAUGGCAAAAAAUUAAAAGAAGCUGUCAUUGAAAAUCAAGAGGUUGAGGAACUUGUUAAAAGUUCUGGUUUAUAUACAUUGCUAAAAUGCUGCUAUGAGAUGAUCGACAAAGGUCUAAUUUCUGCCUUUGUCGAGAGAUGGCAUCGCGACACCAACAGCUUUCAUCUUCCAAUUGGGGAGAUGACCAUUACUUUGGACGAUGUCUCGUCGCUGCUGCAUAUACCCAUCACCGGUGCAUUCUUCAACGUUAAUAUAUUUAACAAGGAUGACGCUGCAGAGUUGUUGGGUGAGCUUCUUGGGGUGAGUCUGGCUGCUGCAUAUGCUGAGUUUAACUUGACGCCGACAACCACUGUUCGGUACAAUUGGUUGCUUGAUGUAUACCAUCAGCGAUGUGCUGAUCAGCAUUGCGACAAGAGUGCCUUCGCAGUGAGUGUUGCCUACCUUGAAUGUUUCAGAGACCUCAACUCAUGCGGAGGAUAUGCAUGGGGUGCUGAUGCGCUUGCUUACGUAUACGACAAUCUUCGAGAAGCGAGUAUGCAUCAGACUAGAACAAUAUCAGGGUAUCUGACACUAUUACAGGUAUUUGCGCUUGCUUUCCUGGCGUGGGUGUAUGAGCAUUUUCCAACAUUAUGUGCGAAUUGUUGUAGACUAUCUCAGGUUUAUGAUGAGGACUAUCCGAGAGCACUUAGAUGGAAGCCAAAACGUGAUAAAGGUUUGGUUGUUCCAUUUAGGAAAGCACUGGACGAGAUUGAUGUUGAUGGCAUAUGUUGGACACCCUACAGAGAGCAUAGGCCGAAGCGACCAUUUGAGGUUGUUUCAUUAUUCAGAGGGUGGAUACGCUGGGGUCCCAAGAUGUAUGCUCCCUUGCCAUAUAGGGUAUUGCGUCAAUAUGGACAUGUCCAAACCAUCCCUGGUUCACCUUUGGAGAUAUUGUACACAGACCUGCAGACUGUGCAAUUGAGUACAUGGACUGGUUUCGUCGAAUUUCUCAUCCAUAUAUUAUUAGUAGAGAACCAGUCUAUGUAG